AUAGUUCUGUGUGUGGAAAUGGACUUGGCAGCUCUUUGGACCAGGGAUCCAAGAUUUCCAGUCUUUGCCUGUGCCUGUCAGCGCGCUUCGUUUUUAAGGGAGGGAGGAAGGCCUAGUGCCUCCACAGGGAAAAACACCCCCUUUCAUCUUUCCCACAGAACGUUUUUCUUCAGGGUUCAGAAUGGUUAGAAUGAGCUUUGAAGGCAGCUUUAAAAAGAGUAACAAGAGGCUAUGCUUAGAGCAGGAGGUGGUUGCAGUGGUGAGGGGGUCUUUGUUUCUGUUCAUUGCUUCAUUCAGAAAAUAAGAAACAUAUGUAGGGUGUCAUGGAGAAAAAAAAAGCAGGAAGGGCCAUGGCAAGAGCCAGAGAGUGGAGUCACCUUUGUGGAGACGUUGAUCAGAGAAGGUCUCUAAUAAGGUGGUAUCUGAGCAAAGUCCUGGAGGGAGGGUGGGAGCGAGCCAUGCGUCUGUCUAGGGGCAGAGCAUUCAACAGCAAGUGCAAAGGUCAUGAGGUAAUAUACUUGAUGGUUUUAAGAAACAACAAGGAGACAAUGGGACUGGAGGAGGGGAAGAAUGGGAACCAGAUAAUGGUGGGCAGAAUGUCAGGGGCUGUCCCUGUGAUGCAGGGUCCCAGAGUAUCUAAAGGAGCAUCCUUUCAGAUCUGUACAAACAUGGUAGUCAGAGAAAAUAUAGAGUUGUUUCAGAUGACAAAUAGCCAGUAUGCUCUGGCUUGGUGUUAUAAGUGAUCUUCUUCCAUCUUUGUGGUGACCGCUGGUGGAAUUAACACAAAAAGGACGGCCAUAGAGCACUGUAGGUAAAUCAGGUCUUGCAGCUGCUCCCUGGUUGCGAGAACUUGGGCAAGGGACCACCUCAGUGUCCUCAUCUGUAAAAUAGAGCUGUUGGGCUUAAUGAGGGACAUCACACACUGAAGUGCUUAGUGCACUGUUUAGCAUGGAUUAAGUGCUCGGUAUCUAACAGUUGUGACGAUGGCAGUGGCCAUGAGGAGGAACUGUUUACAUGUGUCUACCUCAAAGCCUUUCUUUUUAGCACCAGCUGGUGGUGCCACCAGCUCUGGCUUCCUCCCCGAGCUAGUAGAAUUUUGAAGAACAGUGGGGGUGAGGGAAGACACAGUGGACACUUACUGUCACCCCUCAGUGACAACAAUGCUUGCAUAUUCUACAGGGAGGAUGGUAGCUUGGUCUUGGUGCCACUGGAAGAUGAUGGCUUUUUAAAAAGAGCAAAGCAAAUCUCCAUUUUACCACGUAAAAUUGACAAAAUUUUGGUGUUGACAUAAAUGUGACAUGAGGACAGGUUGGGAAGGGCAGUCUUUCUUGGCCUCAGACAUGUGGUUGGGGUGCGUGUGGCAGAUCUCCUGAUGGGGGAUAUUAAUCCAAGAAGGACCCAGCAGAAGCUGAGACUUUGCAGCCUGCCUUAUAGGGAGCGGAACAACGGUUGCUCUCCCUCCUCACCCCCCAAGCCUGGACUAUAUCAUCAGACCUGGGUCAUAAGCUGAACAGGGUGACUGGGCCAGAUAAUUUAAAAAAAUGAAAAGUCAGAGCGCUUGGAUGCCGAGAGCCAGCCUACUUGAGCGGCUAUCAUGGCUAGAUCCUAGGAUCAGCCACCUGGGGAUUUGGGUUCAAGCCCCAGCUCUGUGUCUGGCUCACUGUGAACUUGGGCAAGUUCCAUCGCCUGCGUGGUCCUCAGUUUUCCUAUCUGUGUUCUGACGCUGAAGGCUGUUGGAACGAUGAAACGAGACCCCGGUCAUGAAAGCACUGGGUGCACUUUGAAGCUCUCUACAAAGGCAAAGAAUGGUUCUUGUUAUUGCCGUUGUCAGCGUGUCUCAGCUGUUUUUGACUCCUGAAAUGCCACUUCAGGGCCCCCUGCUGGGUCAUCGGUUUGGGGACUGUCAUUCUUUAUCUGGCUCAAGCACUAAAACUGUUGGUUGGCAGGCGGAAACCUGCCAGAAUGAACAGAAGGCUCUCCCCAGGCAUGAUUCCUGGGAGAUCACUCCAUAAUGAUUGCUCACCACCUCCUUGCCAUUAUUUCACGGCAUCUCCCCAGCAACCCCAAGGCUGUGGUUCUGCCAAUGACCCUGUGAGUGCUGGGGAGUCACUGCUGCCCCUAGGGGCUCCUGUCCUGAAUUGGCCCACCCGCCUGCCCCCCAGCAUGGCGUCCGACACCCCUGAGUCCCUGAUGGCCCUCUGCACUGACUUCUGCCUGCGCAACCUGGAUGGCACAUUGGGCUACCUGCUGGACAAGGAGACUCUGCGGCUCCACCCAGACAUCUUCCUGCCCAGCGAGAUCUGUGACCGGCUCGUCAAUGAGUACGUGGAGCUGGUCAAUGCCGCCUGCAACUUUGAGCCGCACGAGAGCUUCUUCAGCCUUUUCUCGGACCCCCGCAGCACCCGCCUCACCCGGAUCCACCUUCGCGAGGACCUAGUGCAGGACCAGGACCUGGAGGCCAUCCGCAAGCAGGACCUGGUGGAGCUAUACCUGACCAACUGCGAGAAGCUGUCCGCCAAGAGUCUGCAGACGCUGAGGAGCUUUAGCCACACCCUGGUGUCCUUGAGCCUCUUCGGCUGUGCCAACAUUUUCUAUGAGGAGGAGAACCCAGGGGGCUGUGAAGACGAGUGCCUCGUCAACCCCACCUGCCAGGUGCUGGUCAAGGACUUUACAUUCGAGGGCUUUAGCCGCCUCCGCUUCCUCAACUUGGGUCGCAUGAUCGACGGGGUCCCUGUGGAGUCGCUGCUGCGGCCACUCAGCUCCCUGGCUGCCCUGGACCUCUCGGGCAUCCAGACGAGCGACGCGGCCUUCCUAACCCAGUGGAAAGACAGCCUGGUGUCCCUCGUGCUCUACAACAUGGACCUGUCAGACGACCACAUCCGGGUCAUCGUCCAGCUGCACAAGCUGCGACACCUGGACAUCUCCCGAGACCGCCUCUCCAGCUACUACAAGUUCAAGCUGACUCGCAAGGUGCUGAGCCUCUUUGUGCAAAAGCUGGGGAACCUGAUGUCCCUGGACAUCUCUGGCCACAUGAUCCUGGAGAACUGCAGCAUCUCCAAGAUGGACGAGGAGGCGGGGCAGACUAGCAUUGAGCCUUCCAAGAGCAGCAUCAUGCCUUUCCGGGCCCUGAAGAGGCCACUGCAGUUCCUCGGGCUCUUUGAGACCUCCCUGUGCCGCCUCACACACAUUCCUGCCUACAAAGUAAGUGGUGACAAAAACGAGGAGCAGGUGCUGAAUGCCAUAGAGGCCUACACGGAGCACAGGCCUGAGAUCACCUCGAGGGCCAUCAACCUGCUUUUUGACAUCGCACGCAUCGAGCGCUGCAACCAGCUGCUUCGGGCCUUGAAGCUGGUCAUCACAGCCCUCAAGUGCCACAAGUAUGACAAGAACAUCCAAGUCACGGGCAGCGCUGCGCUCUUCUACCUGACCAAUUCCGAGUACCGCUCCGAGCAGAGCGUCAAGCUGCGCCGGCAGGUCAUCCAGGUGGUGCUGAAUGGCAUGGAAUCCUACCAGGAGGUGACGGUCCAGCGGAACUGCUGUCUGACCCUCUGUAACUUCAGCAUCCCCGAGGAGCUGGAGUUCCAGUACCGCCGAGUUAACGAGCUCCUGCUCAGCAUCCUCAACCCCACGCGGCAGGACGAGUCGAUCCAGCGCAUCGCCGUGCACCUGUGCAACGCCCUGGUCUGCCAAGUGGACAAUGACCACAAGGAGGCCGUGGGCAAGAUGGGCUUCGUUGUGACCAUGCUGAAGCUGAUUCAGAAGAAGCUGCUGGACAAGAUAUGCGACCAGGUGAUGGAGUUCUCCUGGAGCGCCCUGUGGAACAUCACGGACGAGACUCCCGACAACUGUGAGAUGUUCCUCAACUUCAAUGGCAUGAAGCUCUUCCUGGACUGCCUGAAGGAAUUCCCAGAGAAGCAAGAACUGCAUCGGAACAUGCUGGGACUCUUGGGGAACGUGGCCGAGGUGAAGGAGCUGCGGCCGCAGCUAAUGACUUCCCAGUUCAUCAGUGUCUUCAGCAACCUGCUGGAGAGCAAGGCUGAUGGGAUCGAAGUUUCGUACAACGCCUGCGGCGUCCUCUCCCACAUCAUGUUCGAUGGGCCUGAGGCGUGGGGCAUCUGCGAGCCCCAGCGGGAGGAGGUAGAGGAGCGCAUGUGGGCCGCCAUCCAGAGCUGGGACAUCAACUCUCGGAGAAACAUCAAUUACAGGUCAUUUGAGCCAAUUCUUCGCCUCCUUCCCCAGGGCAUCUCCCCUGUCAGCCAGCACUGGGCCACCUGGGCCCUGUACAACCUCGUGUCUGUCUACCCCGACAAGUACUGCCCCCUGCUGAUCAAAGAAGGGGGGCUGCCCCUGCUGAGGGACAUGAUCAAGAUGGCCACCGCCCGGCAGGAGACAAAGGAAAUGGCCCGCAAGGUGAUUGGGCACUGCAGUAACUUUAAAGAGGAGAACAUGGACACGUCCAGAUAGAGGCCUCCGCCCCCACGGCCGCCACUGCUCUGGACCACAAGGCCGGGAGGAAGCUCUCAAGCAGCCCAGCGGGCAGACCGCCUCCGGGUAGCCUCCUGAUGGAUGAAGGGACACGGGGACUUUUGCACAACCGACGCUUUUCCUUAACAUUAGUGAGAUAUAUAUAUAUUAUAUAUAUAUAUAUAUAUAUAUUAUUUUUUUUGGUUAGGACGUGUGAAGUUUUGUGUGUAUGAUUUCUGUACAAAAACAAAAGAACACUCCUUGAGUCCCCGCAGCUUCCUCGGCCACUCUCAAGCCCCAACUCCAAGCCUUCAUUGCUGCCACUCGCUCCCACCCCCGCCAAGACUCAAUGCCUCAAACGUGGUGAGAGUCCGGUCCUUUCCCAGUGACCUCAGACCCUGGCCUCGCCUCCCAUUAGGAGAGGCAGCAGGCUUCUGAAAGCCCACUCCCGCACCCUAACGCAGCCACCAAAGCCUGAGAACCCCAUCUGGGCUCCUGGGUGUGGCUGAUAGGGUUUGGGAGGAAAUCUAGCCCCACUGGGUCUCCCGAAUGCCUUGGUGCUCCCAGCCGUCGGCCAUCCGGGGCAAGGAAGUGAGUGCUCAGGCGGCCCCAGCCCCCAGGGACCCUCAGGAGUGGGGCUCCCUUUGGCCCCCUGCCGGUUCUCUGGCCAGACCUGCCUGAGGCCACGCUGCUAUAGAGGCUGCCUGCUGGUCUCCCACCAGGUCCCAGGCUACUGAAGGCCCCAGCCCAGGGCUGGUCAGAACUCAGGCAGAUUCCACUGCCCCUUCUGCCAAACAUAUUCAGCACCCGCCCCAGCCCUGGGAGCCAGCACCGCUGGGGCCUGGGGCUUGCUCCUCACUCCCCAGCCGUUCCCCUGCCCGCAGCACCCAUGGUGCCCAGGCACCCCACCAGCAGAACUGAGCCGGCCUCUUUUACCCCCCACCACACACACACACACACACACACACACACACACACACCUGCCCCGCUGCCCGGAGGACCCCACAUGCCUCUCGGUGAGGCAAGAGGUCCCCACUGCAGCCGGACCCGCAGCCAACAGGUAGCUGCUUCCAGACCAGCACUGGGCACAGCCUGCAGUGGCCCUACGUGGCCCUUCUGAGCCCCUCCUCCCUGCCCCCAGGCUUUACCUUGGGAACCUCUGUGCUGUGUUUCAGAGAAGUGUGAGCUGCAAAUGUAUCUUGAAAUAUCUUGUGGUCCUCCCUUGAUGUAACUCUGCAUUGCUCCCUGGAGACAGGCGGCGGCGAGGCGGCCUUUCCAGAACAAGGCUCUGGGGGAGCAGGGCCAACUCUGCAGGCAUCCCCCAGGGGAUGACCUUUUUUCCUUCCUCCUUCCCUGGGCCUGUUCUUGGAUUCUCCUAGCAUUUCUGCCUCGAGGCAGAACAGGCUGGAUGAGCAGCCCAGGGGAGAGGCACCAGGCCUUCUCCCCCCACAGUCUGUCCCUGCCAGCCCCGGGAAGGGGGUAGCUGCCCUGCGCUUCCUGAACGUGGCGGACAGGCCACACCUGCCCCUCCCUUCCCUGUCCAGACCCUGGGCAGAGUUCACAUCGCGUUGCUUUACCACCUGGGGCCUGGGUAAAUGUCUGUACUUUGGGAUGUCACAGAAAUACAUUUUUGUGCAAAGUGGAAA